AUGGUUGAUCCACCUAAAGUUUUCGACGGUUUAAUUAGUUAUCCAUACCUUGUUGAUUGGCCACAUAUGCGAAAUAUUGAGAUCAAUAUGCAUCCAUCACUUUGUCUAUUUCUCAAACGACUUGAUACAAUAUUUCCAAAAAUCUCUUCGAUGAAAGUUCAUAUGGAAAUGUGCACCGAACCAAUUGAUCAAAUCAAGGCACGUGCAAAGAUGUUAGCGCAUCUUAUUUCAAUGCCUAUUAAACUAAAUGAACUUCGAGUUGAACAAUUCGAGUGGCUUUUACAUGUUGUUCAAUACGCAUCUAAUGAAUUAAGAAAAAGUGCAUUGAAUACUGUGCGCUAUGUUGAAUUUCGCCUUCCCAGUUGUCAUCGUGGCUCAAACAAAUCUAUCCAUAUUGGAAAAAAUCUUGUGCCUUUUCUUAGCACUUAUAUGCCUCAUUUACAAACAUUGCAUCUUUGGCGAUCAGAUGAUUUUCCAUGGAUAUCUAUUCGACCAAAUCUUAAGCCAGGAUAUUUCUAUGCAGUUUCGCUUCGACAAUGGUUUCAAUCUCUACGAACACCUGAAUUGAUUGCUCAACAUGUGGCUAUCUUUAGACAAAAUCUUUGUGACUUAGUUGAACAUUUGAAAGAAUUUGUCUUUCUCGAUAUUCAUGGCGAAAUCGAUUGCGAAAAAGUUGAACCUUAUCACUCAAUGGUUCAAAUACAAUUUCCCAAUAGUCGAAAUGACAUUGAACUUUCAAGAUUUCGUUUUUGGCUGUGA